GCCAAGUUGUGCAAUAGGUUGACCUUUGAAUGUGCGCACUGAUGCUGCUAGGUUAGCCUGUGCCUGUCCCAAUUAGCAUAAAAGCUUUUUAUAGGUACGUAUGCAGGUAAUAAAGAAGUGGGACGUGCAACACAUGUUCAUAAUUCAGUGAGUGUUUUAACACUGAUAGUGCUCUGACAGCUUGACCUGCUGAAGAGAUUUUGCAGUCUAAAACAAAGGAAAUACAGUAGCAAUCUAGAUCUAAAAAGAAAGAAGCGUAGAAGAACUGCAAGGAAUUCCGGGAAAAACAGAUGACAAUAACAAAUGAAAAAGUUGAAAAAAUAAAGAACACGAACAGAAUUGAAGACAAAAAAAAUCGGCAUAGAAUUAUAAGAAAGGGAUGAAAGAAGAAGGAUCCCUGAGAAGAGUUGUAGGAAACAAAUCAAAAUUAAAAACAACCUCCCUUCUUGGUACUGUUCUUUCGAACCUUCUUUAACACCUACUUGCAGCCUUCUCGAUACCUUCCUCAAGUCCUCUUGACUUCUCCUCCAAGUUUCCUUCACGCCAACUCAUAUUAUGCCUUUAAGCUUGAGUGUUCUCAGGGCGCUUCUCCUUUGAAAUUACUUGGACGCGUCUUUCAAUUCUUUUAUUGACGUCUUUUGAGCCUUGUUUACCAACCUUCUUGAAGAUUCCUUGUAUCCCUUUCAGUAUCCUCAGGGCCUUCUUGACGCUUUUUUCCUUUGAGACUUCUUGGAUGCGCCUUUUGUAGAAUUUCGUCGCACCCCCUUCUUGCCCCUUGCCUUUCAUCGGACUUUUCCUUCGAACCUGUUUCGCGUGUCAACAUCUUCGUCAUGAUCUUGGGGGGCCUACCUAGGAAACAUUUGAAUUUUCGCGAUCUCAAUAUUUAGCAAAAUUAAUAUUUUCAAAAAAGAAGAAACCUGUAAAGUUGAGGUCACUCCUGAUAGCCAUAAAAGAUGAAUCUAUUAUUUUGUACUUUAAACCAAGCACUAAUUGCGUAGUAGAUCGAUCUUGAUUUCAGUUUCUUCGAAUAUGCGCAUCCGUUUAUAUCUAUUGUUAUUACUGGGUGCGUCCGGAGCAACCUCCAAUUCCAGUCCCCCGACCUUUCUGGAUUUCGCAAACUUUACGGCGACAGAAGCGCAGAUUAGGAACAAGUGUCCGUCCAGUUCCGCCUUUGACAAGUUGAAGGCCGGGUACGCGCAAAUUCGCGCCAACAUAACCGAAGAGUUUCAACUGGAAACGAUUCUAAAUGAAGCGGAAUCGUUCCGAAAGCGGUUUCUGCACGACGCCCUUUUGGGGUACUGCGACCGUCGGGGCUGGUACAGACGGGCGACCAAGAAGACGCUCCUGGCGUUGCGGAACUGUCUCGACCCCAGCGAAAAAUCAGUCAUUCACUUAGUGAACGCGGUCAUUGAGGUAGUGAACGAGUUUAUUUGCUACGAGGAUGGGGCUCGAGCUGCAAUGUUCGUCAGCGAAGACGGUUUCGAAUGCGUCCUAGUCAAAGCGGAGAAGAUGCGCACGUGUUUGUCUAAUACGAUUGCGAUCCACCCAACACUGACAAUAAUCCUGGAGGAUUAUCUAAGCAUGAGUAAGUGCGUGGUAAGGACUUUGGACGAGUGCGACGACGUCACCGCGGCAAAUAUGGUGCAUGCCUUAAUGAAGCGUGUCCACAUAUUCAGUUCGAAUUACACUGCUACUGUUUGACUGUCCCGAGAAGGCAAAGCAUUUGUGAUGUAAUUAUUUUAUUAAACUGUUCUUUGCUAAUUGAUUAAUUGCGAGUGCCUUAAUUAGGAAGUACUUCAAGAUUUGAAUAAUUGUCAUCUUGCAUGAUAAUUGGUAGACUUUGUAUUUUGUCGGUCUUGACCUUCGAUUUAUAUCCAAUGCAAUUGAGCAGUUUACUAUUCAAUAGCAUAGAUUACACUAUCUAAGUACCUAAAUUUACACUGUUGUCACGAAACGAAACGAAAGCAUAUCCUUAGAGAAGGAAAGCGAGGCAUAAGAGCAUAUCAAAUUUUCUGAUAAAGGUGUGCCCAAUUUAAGUGAGAAAAAAAACUGAUUCUAGUAAAUUAGGACCUGGAGACUCCAAAACACGUGAUUAGAUUUAGGUGCAACCUGCAGGGGCUGUCGAUCAAACAGUGUGGUCUUGCAUUUGUUCGUAAGUUUCCACACUAAUCAGUUUCGGGGACUUUGGAACUCACUACGUGGUGCGCCAUCUACCUACUGUCCGUUGCACUACAGAAAUUUUGAACAAAAAUAAUGAUCAACAACGAUUUUAAUUUUAAAGAAGACGAACAGACUGCCAUAGAUAACUUUCGAGAAUACCUACGAAUACCGAGUGUGCACCCCAAUGUAAACUAUGAUGCCUGUGUUAGAUUUUUGCAAGCACAAGCAGAGAGUCUCAAACUGCCUUGUCGUGUGUAUCACUGUAAACCGAACAAUCCGAUUGUCGUCAUUUCGUGCAUCGGCUCCGAGCCGAGCCUAAAGUCGAUCCUGCUGAACAGUCAUAUGGAUGUUGUCCCGGUUUUCGAGGAUAAAUGGACUCACAAACCGUUCGAUGCUCACAUGGAUGAGCGAGGGAAUAUAUUCGCUCGAGGAACACAGGAUAUGAAGUCGGUCGGUAUCCAAUACUUGGAGGCCGUUCGGAGAUUGCAACGUGACAAUGUCGUCUUAAGACGAACAAUUCACCUUUCGUUUGUACCUGACGAGGAGCGCGGCGGGGAGCUGGGAAUGAGAGAAUUCGUAAAAACCGAAAGCUUCAGGAAACUAAACGUCGGAUUCGCGUUAGACGAAGGACUGGCUAGUGUCGACGAUACUUACAAAGUCUAUUACGGCGAAAGAACAUGUUGGCGUUUUCACAUCCACUGCGUUGGUACCGCCGGACACGCCUCUUUGCUCACCGAGAAUAACGCCGGUGACAAGAUCAGGCACUUACUCGAUAGGUUUUACGAUUUUCGCGAUGAAGAAAAGCGGAAAUUGAAAGAUUUGCGAAUUGGGGAUGUUACAAGCGUAAACUUAACGAUGCUCCAAGGAGGCGUUCAACUCAAUGUAAUUCCGAACGAGUUGAUCAUGACUGUAGACUCGAGGAUUGCUCCGACGAGAAAUCUGGAGGAGUGGCAGCGGACCCUCGAGCGGUGGUGCAAGGAGGCGGGUGAGGGGACGUUCAUCGUCUUCGAUCAGAAACAUCCCCAAGUACCGGUCACGUGCAUAGAUAACUCGAACCCUUACUGGGUCGCUUUUAAAAACGUUUUCGAGCAGCUGGAUCUACGCAUGGAAACUGAAAUAUUUCCCGCGGGUACCGAUUGUCGUUACAUUAGAGGAGUCGGUAUUCCGGCAAUCGGAUUUUCGCCAAUUUGUAAUACGCCAGUUUUACUCCAUGACCAUGAUGAGCACUUGAAUGUUCGAGUGUUUCUUGAUGGUAUCAAUAUUUAUUAUAGGCUUAUAAAAUCUAUUGGCAAUUGUUAACAAAUUGUUAUCUACUAUGUACUAUAUGCGAUCAAAAAUGAGUUUCUGUCAAGUCGCCUUUGAAAUUUAUGUUUUCAUGGAAAAUCGUACUUAACUUGAACUUCCAAAGGCGACUAGACA